CUGUAUCACUGUCUUCACUUUACAAAGGAAACCCUUUCUGAAUAAUUUGCCAUGUCUCUGAAAAUGUUUCAAAUUUUGGUGUCUGCUCUGCUGUUUACAGCUUCUGUUUCAAGUGUCCUUGGAGCACCCUUUCAGACAGAAGAUUCAGCAAAUCAAUUCAUACGACUCAAACGACAUAUUCCGUAUUCUCCGAGCUACUGGGACUCCAGCAGCAGCCAGAACACGUGGGGAUCCACUGUGGCUGAACAGAUAAGUGAAUCAUGGGCAGCUUUGAGAGAAACAGCACAAUACUACAUGGACUUGGACCCUUUUGCCUUCAAUCCCUCUGUAGCUGUGUAUGAUGGAGYUUCUCAACAGAGCAUUUCAUAGACUCGGAGCAUAUGUGUACCCAACAACAACAUCAGUUCUUACAUGGAGYUGCUACAGCAGUCUGGGACUCACCUCCAGCAACAAGCUAUUAAAUUCUGCACGACUUCUAUUAAGCCAUGUUAAGAUAUGRCAUGUUAUGUAUUUGCCAUUAUGUAUUUGAUAAGAUGACUUUAUCUCAUCACACUUGAGUCUAAACCCAAAAUUAAUACCCUGACUCUCUGCAUAAAUACUGCAUAUUUUACAUUCAUCAAUAGAACUGAGAUGUAGGAUGUGGUAAAUUGAGUAAGAAGCUGAGGAAAAACAACCACGAACUUUCAGCAUGUUGGGUUUUAAAACACCUAGUGUUUUCAAGUAAAACACUUUUUGACUAAACAAUGGUUUUGAGAUUUACAUUCCUGCUUCUGUGACUGAAGAACACAUUUUUUUUUUUGUAGUAUUUUCCUUUAGCCACAUUUUUGAGAGGCAAGUAAGAAAUGAAAAUCAGUCUCUUUAGGUGGGUGAGAGAAGUAGAACACUUUURUUCAGGUGUAGUUCUGUAGUGCUUUUCCAUGUUUUCAAGGACAAGUAGCAGGUGCUGUUGUACACAUCCAUUCAUGUCUAUGUUUUUCUUUUCUCAUUUGAAUUUCUGUACUGGUCUUGAAUGCCAAAACCAACUGAACCCACAGCUACUCCUGUGAGUUACUUUUCCUUACUUCACAGACCUAGGAAAUGUUGGAAAAACUCAUGGCUCCUUUUCUAAAAUAAAAUGGUGGUGACAAAUGCU